UCGUAUAGAGGUCUAUUUCUUUUAUUUUAAUCUUAUGUAUGUUUGAAAGUGCCUCGACAAAAUCAUGCAUAACAUACAUACACAAAUAGGUACACGUUUAAACGCGCGCAAAUAUGCACGUAGUCCUCACUACUGCACGUCGCCACUGACUCACAGCCGUACGUGUAACGAAGUCUAACUUUCACUGGUGGGGGUACGUGAGUCCGUAGAAAAUUCACUAAUUACAACAGAUGUAAACUAGCUGCUGAACAGGCGUUACUUGUGUCUGCUGGUCGCUUCCUUUCCCCCGCUUUUCUCUCAACUCUUUUCACUUUCUCUCUUUCGAUUAACACCACACGCACAGAUUCAACCAAGCGUAUAAAUAUAAACCUCUAUAUAAAAAAGCUUCGUACAUAAGAUUACUAAAUAGCUGUCGUCGUCUAUAAGCAUUUAUCGAUUAACUCAAAUGUAUAUAUAUAUAUAUAAAAACAGAAACUUAUGUGUAUCCAUUUAACAUUAAUUAAUAAAUAUUUAAAUAUAACAUAAACCACCUCAUUCUCUGAUUUCCCAAAACAAAUCCCAAAGGAAUUCAGGAUGAGUUGAUUUUCCGGAGAUAAUUACCUGAAGAGAUGGGAACAAACUGGUAACUCUUACUAUUUAUAAGCUGUGACAUUUGGGUAAGCAGAUAUAGCACUGACCAUUUUCAAAGUUGAAUUAGAGCUAUCUCAUACUGAUGCAAUUGGUUUUUGCAAGACUUUGAAAGAAUUCCUGCUUGUCUACCCUAAUAUUGAGUAAUCCAGUAUAAGGGGUAGAAAAUGGGUCAAGCAAAUACACACACCUAUGCAAACAAUAUCGAUAUAAAAAUGUUAUGGUUCUGGGAACUUGACAACCAUUUUGGAAGAUAAGGAAUUUCAUUGGCUUUGUAUUUAGUUGCCACAGGAUACAGUUACAGCAUCUACGCUGAAUAAUGGAUUUGAGGGAAAUGGUUGAGCUUUUGGAAGACUGCAAGAACACUCUGCCUAAAUCACAAACUUUGAUGAAAGAGGCAAGCAAAUCUUGUUCAGAUCUGGAUCUAGAAGUUGGUUCCAAUAUGGCAGAGGAUGACCAGUGUGUUGUGCCUGGCCAGCUUAUCUAUAAGCUACGUCAGCAACUUAUUGAAAAAGACAAUGCUAUAAAGCAGCUUGGCAGCGAAUAUGACCACAAUCUUUCCAAAGUCUUAUCUAGCCUUCUGUACUUAGAAGGCAAACUGCACCGGGAACAAAAGAAUAUUGUACGCCUGAUGGAGCAGAAAGACAGUGUAAUCAGUCGUCAAGACCUACAAAUAAAACAGUUAUAUAAACGGAUAUAUAUUUUACAAUCUUCAAUAACUGAUAUCCAAAGUAAAAUGGACUCUAAUGGAAUGACUCAGUCUAUGCAUGAGAAAUAUUCAGUGAACUCUUCAGACUUAGCAAGUAGCACUAAGUCAGAUAUAACUAGCAAAAGAUCUGAGAAAUAUUCUAGUAAUUCUGACAUGACAAGUUCUCAGUCGAAUAUAAACUCUAACAUGAACUCCAGCGUAACAAAUAUCAGUGGCAAUGAAGGAAAUUCUAUUUUUAAACAAUUUAGUAAGCCUCUUCGUGAUAAAUUCACUCGUCACAAAAGCAGCGUGGAUCUCCGCAGUUUUAAAUUACUGAAUGAUUCAGAUGGGGAAUAUAACCACCGAAGUAUGGAGAAUAUCCCACAGGUAGUACGGCGUGAGAGAAAAACAAGAGAUAAAGAACGAUGUAUGAGUAUUGCAGGUUAUCCAAAUUUUGAAAAAUUUGAAAAUGAUCCUGAAUUGACAGCUUUUAUGAAUUCUUUUCAUGCCACUAAUCAAACAUUAGCUGAAGUUUCAGGAAACAGUGUUGAAAAUUUAGCUCAUUCUCAACUAGAGAAGCAGGGAGAAACAAGGGACGGGGCACCAGAAAAAGCUGGUAAGCCAACACACAUACAGCUUUUGAAAGCAAAAGAUGAUCUCUCACCAACCAAAAUCUCUCCUGCCAUGACAGAACAACCAAAUGGAACAUCCAUUCACACAAGUCACAGACAUACUGAAACAAAUCCAUUAAAAUUCCUUCGUGAUACUUUCAAACGGAAAGGGAGUCGGCAAGUUAAAAACAAAAAACAGUCAUUUAACUUAAAACAGAAUACAACCAAAGACUCAUUGGUAACCCUAAAGUUUAAUGAAAAGCAUGGAAAUUCUUAGCAAAUUCCAAUCUGUACCUUUUAUAAUGGUAAUGGUGUGUGUGAGUGAAAAGAGUGAUGACAGUGUAUAAAUAAGAGAGAAACAAAAACAAGAGAAAAAAUAAUAUUGUUUCUUUUGACUUAAAAUACUUUAUUAAAUUGAUAAAGGUUAUUUAAACUUAUCUUGAAACUGUCUAGCCAGCUUCCUUUUUAAAAUAAAAAUUGGUUCUAAAAAAUAAAAAUUGUAGAUUUUAUUGUUACAACAUAAAAACCUUUAUUGAUUUAAUAACAACAUCAACACUUAUUUAAGUUUUUUUUAAAUAUAAAGAAAGCCCAAAAAGAAAAUAAGAUGAAAGUCCUGUUAUAUUUGGUAUAAAAUAAUUCUGGAACUCUGUUUUAUUAUGUAUAUACCUUGCCAUCGACACAACAGGAAAUUUCAGUCAAUUGAUACUAACAAAUUUUCUGUAUACCUCUAAAAAAGAAAGACAUUGUGUAACAAAAACCAAGAUUAUUUCAAAUUAAAAUUCAGUAACGUAUAACUUUUAAAAUUA